AUGCGCAGGUGCUUGCAUUUGCCUGUGAGGCCCGUAUUGCCAUUAUGGAAAAAAAACCGGGAUGUGCUGUGCUUCUUUGGGCGUUUCUGCGGAGAAAAGACCGGGGUAAUAAAUGCAUCCAUAUCAAAUUUGCCUGGGACAGAAAAUACAGAGACUUUCUCAUCAAAAAUUGAGGCAUACGAAAGGCUUCAGGAACAGUUUCGAGGGCUGUCAGAGGAUGAUCAAAGACUUAUUUUUGACGCCUUGCAACAUCCUGAGCAACAACCGCAGUCCAAAAUGGGUGGUACUGGUAUCGGCACAAAGUCUGGUGAUAUGGUGGCGGCCUUUACGUGUGGGCGUUGUGAUCAUCGCAUGGUAAAGAAAUUCAGCAAGCAUGCCUAUACAAAGGGUAUAGUAAUUGUCCAAUGUCCCUCCUGUGAGGUGCGACAUCUCCUUGCCGACAACCUUGGGUGGUUUGUAGAUGAGGCAAAGAACAUAGAACAAUUGUUACGGGAGAAAGGGGAAUCCUUUGUGCGAAUUGGGGACGAUUAUCAGGUUGAACCCCCGACGGAUAAUGAGAGCUCAAAUGUGCAAAAGUGA